AUGGUAACCAAGAAUUCUAGAGAACAUCGAAAAUCAUUUUGUCGACGGGCGAGAAGACGGGACCCAACAUUUCGCUCACUCUAUGCCGGUGGAACCCAGAGAAGCCAGAAUCCCGAGCAGACCUGGACCGACAUGCCGUCCACCAUAACUUUCAACACUCAACAUAUCAUGAGCCGAAGUAACAAUAAGUACGGACAACCUUUACAGCCGACAAUCGACCCUCAAGCCCUUGCGCCGGCACGUAUUUUCGAACACGCUUCAUUUUCAGAUAGCCCGGUUGGGCGACCGGCCAAUAGCGUCGAGAUCUACGGCUUAGCUCUUGGGACGUGUUUCCUCGCCUUACUUCUAGCAUGGUUUCUCCUUAUAGUUGCGCGAGAGAUUUUCGAGUUUUUCCAUACCGACCCGAACGCACCAAGCCAGAGAACGGACCCUGAGAGUGGCUAUAUACGAGAACGCCAAAUCCCUAAGGAGAGCAGGUCAUUCCUUUCUAACUUUAGAAAUAUGUCAUCGGAAGCAGAAGAACUUAUCAGGUCAGCACGACGGGCAAGCAUUAAUGCUGCUACGGUGUUCAAAAGGGAUAUGGGUGAGUUUAGGAGAAAGGCGCAUCCCACACGGCGCAGAGUGGAUGACGAGGAAGCCCUAGGCGACGCGGGAGGGGAUGGAACUGAAACGAAAGGCUCUUUUUUACCCAAGACAUGACAGACA